AAUUCCCCUGCCCCUACACACAAAAUACAGCUAGCUCAGCAAAAGUUGUCGGUAGCUGCACUUCUCCUCUCGAUCUCACAGUAAAUAUAUUAUAUAGUCAUUGAAUAGUAGCUCAAGAUCUGUGCAUCUGAAAGGCAUUGUGAUAAUGAAUUCAUGGAGCAGGGAUGGAGGGUUUUACAAAUGCCCUGUAGUAAAGUCACUACUGGUGCUCACUGGAGCCAGCUCACUCCUCGACUACAUACUAUCAGUUCAGACCCACUACUCUAAUGGUCUACUGUUCCUCCAUGUGUGGGCCCUCCCAACGCCAGGAACCUGGUUGUUAGCUGCCAUGAUUCUUUACUAUUGUAGAGUCCUGGAGAAAAGAGAGAGCUCCACCAAGUUCCUGAGCAAGCUGUGCUUAUCCUGUGCACUAGGUGUGGGGGCUACUUGGCUGUUGGCCAUGUCUACUAGUGUAAAAGGGGCUCAGCUUAUUGGCAGUAAAGGAGCUCUUGUCCACACAGUAGUGGGUGUUCUGCUUGUGCAGUACCUGACGACAGUGGUGUCCCCUCACAGCGGCACAUUGAUGGGACUCCGCCACUCUGGAAGCAUUCCUUUCUACCUCCUCUCUGUUUACUUUUCCUGUUCUUCGCUUCCCUCUGUUCUACUCACCUUCGCUGGAAUAGCUGGUAGCUUACUUGUGCACUCUACUAGGAUACCAGUUCCCUCUCUGCCAAAGUGGGUGGAGUCUGGACUUGCCAGACUACUAGGAAGAGACACACCCCCUAAGCGAUACUCGGGGGCAUCACUGCAGGUGCAGCGCCAGCAGAGGAUGGAUGAGAUGGAGAACAUGCUCCAACAAAUACAGCAGAGACAGGUGUUCCGUACUGUGAGGAUUGGUGGACCUGUUCCAGUUCAGCCAGUAGAGCCUCCAGCAGCACAGGUAGAACAGCUGGUGAGGAUGGGGUUCACUCGAGAAGACUCCGUAAGAGCUCUCCGACAUACUGGCUCCAAUUUGGAAGCAGCUGCACAGUUACUGUCUGUUCCACACCAUCACUAACUUGCUCUCUCAAUCAUACCUACUUUCAAAAUGUAUGUACUCAGGUUAUGCUUUACGGUUAUAGCUUGCAAAUGUGAAAAUGGUCA